CGGACAUCGUUUGCAACGUUAUGGUUUUGGAAUGUCAACUUAAACAAACUUAUUCAGCACCUUCCAAUAAUUCAGUUACAAGAUGGAACAACAGUUGAAACAGAUGGUAGAUUUUUUGCAUGAAUUUGAUUGGAUAUAUAAUUUCAAACUGACAGACUUUUUUAUUGACGAGGUUUGGGAAAAUAUUCCAGGGGAGUGGACUGAAUGCUUGCUGUUGUUAUCUAAUGAACAUCUGAACCAACUGCCUUUUGGAUUUAUGAUGGAUACAUGGCCUGAGAGUUUCAGAGAGUUCCUACAGAAAUCAAUUUCUUUUUCAUCAAUCAGAAUUUGUAAAAGUUUGGGGACAGCAGUGGAAAUAGAACCUAAUAUUAGGAGGGGAAUGAAUCCAAAGAAACAACAUGAAGUUUCUAAGAUGGCAGCACUUGUACAUGACCUUGUCAAGGACACAGGAAGUGAUAUCAUUGUUGAUGUAGGCUCAGGAUUGGGCUACCUGGGACAGACAUUAAAUAAAACCUAUGGUCACACAGUUGUUGGUAUUGAAGGUAAACAAUCUCACACGACUGGUGCUGAUAAAAGGGUCUCUUCAGUAGAUGGAGUUAUAAAUGUCACUUGUGAGUUGGAUACCUCAACAGAGAGCAUGGACAAUUUCAAAUACAUCAUAAAAAAACUUUCUGACCAAGGAAUUAUCCACUGCAACAGGAAAUCACAAGCAAGGGAUAUAACCUCUGCUGAUAACAGUGGACAUUUUAAGUCAAUGGACAGCUCUCUUAAAUCACAUGACAAUCUAAGUAAUGAUAUAGGACAACUAAAGAGUGAAUAUCUCGGCAAAUCUUCGUCAAGUUAUUUUAAAGACGAUUUACCUGACAGUGUUAAACCAUCUAGUGCAGACAAUGAUUGUGGUUGCCAUGGCAAUAAUCAUUCUGAAAUUGUAUGUGAUUCUGUAGAUGGCUGCCAUUCAUGCCAAAGCAACAACUCAGAUGCCAUUUCAAUAUCUAGCCAUAGCAUAAGUUCAAAUAAUGAUCAGAAACCAUCAAUCUGUGAUAGUUGUUGUCAUGAUAAUAGCUGUAUGGAAGAAAUAAGCAGUUGUUAUAACCAUAGAUUAAAUAAAGGAAGUAAGGAUAAUCUAACAAAUGAUGAAAAGACAUCUAAUAUUUGUGAUAAAUGCGCUCUCAGUGAUGAAAACCAUGAUCGCACGAAUGUCAAAAAGACGUGUGAUACUGGUGAAAAAUGUGCACUGAGUGAUGAAAAACAUGACCACACGAAUGUCAAAAAUACAUCUUACGAAAAUUGUGCACUGUGUGAUGACAAACUGACAUGUGAUAACUCUCCACCCUACCAAGAUUUUCCAAGAAUUUUGAUGAUAGGUCUCCAUUGUUGUGGAGAUCUGACUCCGACCAUGAUGAAGUUCUUCAGUUCAUUAGAUGAUAUAAAAGGACUGUGUUGUGUCAGCUGUUGUUACCAUAGAAUGAAGUUUAAUGAAACACAGAGAAGAUUUGAUAAUUUCCCUUUGAGCACUACACUGAAGACAGUCUUGGAAAAUAAGCAGACCUGGAGUCUUAAUUCUUAUGCUAUGAGACUGGCAGCUCAAGAAACAAGGUCUAGAUGGAGGAACCAGACUUCUGAAGACCAUGAAUACCACAUAAAGAAUGUAGCCUACAGAGGAAUACUGGAAGUCUUUAUCAAACAAGAAUCAUGUGACCAUAGUAAACUAUUUCGUAAACUGACCAGAAGAGGAGAUAUGGCAACGUUUACCACCUUUGUAGAGGCCAUUGUUAAAAGAACUAAAUUGAAUGGUGCAGAAGGUGAAAUUGAUGAAGAAAUAAUGACAGGAAAACUGAACAAGAUAUACUCUCAGUAUACAAAGUAUUUCAUGUAUAUAGAACCUUUUACGGCACUACAAGUCCUUAUGCAACCAGUGUUAGAAACUUUAAUUUAUCUAGACAGACAAACCUGGCUAGAAGAACACACAUAUAGAACGUCUGUUGUAUCAGUAUUUGAUGACAAUAUAUCACCUAGAAAUCAGGCACUCGUAGCUGUGAAAAAUAAUAAAUGUAUAAAAUGA